AUGGAUAGCGGGGACGCGUACCGCAUGCUUCAGAUCCCCGACCGAACUGCAGACGAAGAUGCCGUCAUGGCUGCUUACACAAUCUGUAUAGAUGAGAACCCUGGUCAAGCUGAAGUCUAUGGCCGUGCCCUCCGCCUCAUUGCCAGGGAAAUGGACAGCACCUUGCUAAAGAGCAUGGCAGGCAUCACGACUGAGACGGAACAGAACCUGUCUGAAUGGCCUGUCGGACUACAGAAUAUCGGCAACACCUGCUACCUAAACAGUCUCCUUCAGUUCUACUUUUCUAUCAAGCCGUACAGAGACCUCGUCUUAAAUAUUGAAAAAUAUCAAAUGGAUACGGCCAAUGAAGCAAGCAUGACAGGAAAGAAAGUGGGGUCUCGCAGAGUGUCUGGCAAGGAAAUUGAGCGCUCACUUCGAUUCCUCACGGAACUCAGGGUUCUGUUUCGUGACAUGAUCUCUUCGCAUAAAUCAUACGUCACUCCCAGCCAGGAGCUUGCUCGGUUGACUCUCAUCAGCCCCGGAAACGAAGCGGCGAUUCGUCGGCGGUCCACAAUAAGCGCUUCCAGGACUAACGGUCUCGGCGAUAUCAACGGGGCCCCUGUCUUGGGCCCGCUUGGUCCCCCUCAACCCAUUGCUGAGGACCAAAGCGAGCAGCAAACCACCUCUGUGGCAGAUAAUGUUGCGAUCAGCGACGCAGGGAGUGAGGCAACAUUAGUGUCUGAGAAUAAUGGCAAGGGUGUGGUUUCGCCACCCUUGGAUGCUGAACCAAUUAGCGAAGGCUAUGUGAACAUUUCUCCGACUCAGACUGAACCUCCUACCCGUCCGCCACCUGUUCCUCCGCGGCCUGCUCCGGAGAUUGACCCCAAGAAGCAGCUGAUUGAAGAAGUGGAGAUUGGUGCACAGCAGGAUGUCACAGAGGUCAUCAACAACGUACUCUUCCAGAGCCAGUGCGCCAUCAAGCCUCGGGAGGUUGCGUCGGAUGGUGAGCAAGUUGACCAUGUCAAAGAUAUGUUCUAUGGUCAGACUCGGUCCUACAUUACCACCUCCGGGGGUACGCGAUCGAAGGAUGAACGCUGGUGUGAUAUCAAAGUCGACGUGGCUCUUGGGUCUCGGGACAUCUAUGAUGCCAUUGACGGGGCCUUCGAUGUCCAAAAGAUCAGCGUUGAGAACGCUGAGGCCGAGCAAUACGGAUCCAUCACCCGCAUUCCCCCCAUCCUUCAAAUCCAGGUGCAGCGUGUACAAUUCGAUCUGGUGAAGAAGACUUCUUAUAAGUCGACCAACCACUUGCAGCUUUUCGAAACGAUUUACAUGGAUCGGUAUAUGGAACAUACUUCAAGGCCAGACCUGCUGGAGGCGAGACGUCAGUGCUGGGAGUGGAAGAAAAGCCUUUCAGGCAUUGAAGCACGCCAAGCAGAGCUCUUGCGCAAACAGGAAAAUGAUGGGCUUGACAUGGCAGCUCUCUUCCGCGAUGCCAAGGCUGUGCUCGAUGACUCGAAUCUGGACGAUGAAAGCACGAAGCAAGAAGACUCUACGAUGCUGGAGGCUAAGGAGUCAUCGGCCAAAUCUACCUCUGAUCUCGAUGAUUUGGAGAUCGACGCACAGCUCUCCGAGGAGCUCCAGCAGAUCUCUGAGGAUGUGGAGACAGAGUACCAAGCCCUCGAGCAGCAGAUUUCAGCCACAAAAGAGCUGAUUGCCGGCAAGUUUGCCAACUCCCAGAACGUCCCAUACCACUUGUAUGCGGUAUUUGUCCACCGCGGAUCCGUCUCAUUCGGCCAUUACUGGAUUUACAUCAAAGACUUCCAGAAGAACAUCUGGCGCAAAUACAACGACGAGUACGUGACUGAAGUCCAGAAUGUCGACGAAAUUUUCGGGAACAAGGAUGAUCCCAACCCGCCCACCCCCUAUUUCCUUGUCUACAUCCACGGAUCCAAGAAGGAUCUCCUGGUUGACCCCGUCUACCGCGAUAUUGUGGAGGAUACACAGGUAGAGACUUCAGCCAAUGACUCCUCCGCCAUGGAGGGCAUUCUCACCCCAAAUCCCAUCGAACAAGCACACCGGGACUCUGUGACUGAACAGCAGGCUCCCUCGGCUCCUCCUGCGACUGAGGAGUCUCAGGAUGCCAACAUGAAGGACCUUUGA